UCAUAUUGCCCAUCUUUAACAAGCAGCAUCUUUGUGGCGGCAUUUCGAGCAGAAGCACCGGGUCAUUGCAAAUUUUUGUACAUUUCUUCAUCGUUGCGAAUAUAAAGCAAACCGUGGCAAAGGCUACGUAAUGCCACGCGCCGUUAAACCAAAGGCCCCUGGGGCGUUAGCAGACAAGAAAUCGGGUCCGGCAAAAAAGGCGAAGGGCAAACUAUAUGCCAUGCCCGAGAAGCUUAAGGAAGGCACAGUUCUUACGGAUUUGGCGAAGGGGCAGUGGCGCAUUGGCCCAUCUAUUGGAAUUGGAGGUUUCGGUGAGAUCUAUGCGGCUAGUCGCGUGGGUGAUAAGAGUCAAGAUGCUGUGGUCAAAUGCGAACCACAUGGCAAUGGACCGUUGUUCGUCGAGAUGCAUUUCUACCUACGCAAUGCCAAGAUGGACGACAUCAAACAGUUUAAGCAGCAGCAUGGCCUGAAAGAACUUGGAAUGCCCUACAUCCUGGCCAACGGCUCUGCUGAUGUGAAUGGCCAAAAACAUCGUUUUAUUGUAAUGCCGCGUUACGGUAGCGAUGUAUCCAAGUUCUAUAUCGAGAAUGGCAAACGUUUGCCAGAGGGUACAGUCUACAGGCUGGCCAUCCAGAUGUUGGAUGUAUAUCAGUUUAUGCACAGCACCGGGUAUGUCCACGCAGAUUUGAAGGCGGCCAACAUAUUGCUCGGCCUGGACAAGGGUGGGGCUAGCCAGGCAUAUUUGGUAGAUUUUGGACUGGCCUCUCACUAUGUGACGGGUGAUUUUAAGCCAGACCCUAAGAAGAUGCACAAUGGCACCAUUGAAUACACCUCGAGAGAUGCUCACAUGGGUGUGCCCACUAGAAGGGCAGAUUUGGAAAUUCUAGGAUAUAAUCUCAUUGAAUGGCUGGGCAUCGAGUUGCCCUGGGUCAGGGAUAAAUUGCUAGGGGUGCCGCUUAAAGUGCAAAAGGCAAAGGAAAGUUUCAUGAACGAUGUGGGAACAUCGUUAAAGCAAUUAUUUCCUCAAGGUGUCUCGGCUGCCAUCGGUGACUACAUGAAGUAUGUGUCCAAGCUGGCCCACAACGAGGCGCCAGAUUAUGAUAAGUGCCGCCAAUGGUUCCUAAAUGCCCUCAAACAAAUGAAAAUACCAAACUCUGGAGAGUUGGAAUUCAAGCUGAAACCGCACAGUAGCAACAACAAUGAGUCAUCGCCUCCAAAAACUAAGCCCAAUGCCGUCCGAAAAGUCAAGAAAGACUCACCACGGGUGAUGGAUUCUUCUACAGAUGACAUAAUCUACGCCAGCGACGAGGAGGAGAAAGUCCUACCCAAAAAGAGAUCUCCAGCAGAUAAACGCAAGUUGAAACCACCCACUGUGUCACCCAAGAAACGUGCUCUUCAGGCCAAAUCUCAGAACUCACCUCGAGUUCCUGCCACAGACUUAAGCAGCUCAAAAUCUCUCUCUGGAACUCCCAAUUCAAAGUUAAAUUGCAGUCCAGGCUUGUCUUUACGCAGCAGUGGCCGACCAGGAAAGACCGUUAUCAACGAUGAUCUUACGCCCAAUCCACGCUCCAAAAAAACUUAUGAGUUCAACUUCGAGCUGGAUGUGAGCAUGGAUGCUAAUGUGAUUGUCAAUGUCAAGCGCAAAAAGAAGGCCGGCACUGGGGAACAACCAAAUGAUGUCAACUCACCAUCUUCUUCAUCUAGUAAAGCAGUUAAAAUCAACUCUGCCAGCGCCAAAGAUAAAGAUUCACCUGUGAAACGCAUAAACCUCCGGAAGUUAAUAAAUGAAAGUGGCGCUGCAUCUCCUUCUACCGCGGCUAGGUCGCACAGUCCACGGACUCCAGCCGUAACUGUGCGCAAGUACCGACGCUGAAUGGAGCUGGAACUCGUUUUGUUUUCAUAUUCAUUUAUCUAUACAAAUUUAGUGUUAAUUUUUUUUACAAUAAAAAUUUUCCAAUUGCUAUUUACUUAAUCUUAA